UGUCCAUUUUCACCCAUUCUGAUAAGGAGUGGUCCGUAAAGAUAUGUUUAAAUUUAUAACAAAACUGUUUUAUCUAAUGUUAUUAGAGUAUAGUUAGAAGAUCUUUCUAAUUCUGUGAAGAACUGCAACGUUUCGCUAUCUGUUUCUGCUUUUGGGUCCUGCUGGUACGCGCAGUUUGCUUGCUUGUCUGCUGGGCAGGAAGAGCUGGACAGUGGCGAAAACUACUAGCGAAUGUAAACAACAGGCAUUUCUUACUUCAGAUAUGCGAUAACACAGACGGACAAGCAGUGUUGGACAUUUAAUACACAUGGCUUUUAAAUGCUCUUUCAGCCAACACUCUCUUACUCUUGACCAGUAACCCUGAUCCAGGUUGGCUUUUUAAAAAACAGUUAGCGCGUAGCUAGUCAGCUAAACGAACCUAGCUAGCUAUUGACAAACCUCAGCAGCGGUGCUUGCUCGCCAACUUUUCAAGCUGUUUUUUGCAUAAUGCACGUCGUAGAGCCAGACAAAGCAGUGGGCAGGCUGAGCUUCGUAACGUGUUGUAUAGCUUUGUUUUAAACGCGGUGAAGGCUGCUUGGGUACGCGAAAUGUGCAUCGACAUAUUCUGACGUGCUGUCAAUGUAGCUAGCUAGCUCGUUAGCUUAGCUUAACCUUAGACUGAACAUACUAGACCAAGUGUCGCUCUGCUAGCUAGCUAGCUAAUGCCAGAUAAAGUCGCAGAUACAACAAAAACCACAUAUGUUGUGGGAAGAGUCUGUGUUUCAGUUACUUGGAUAUGUUUUGUGUCUGACCAACGUAGUCAGCGAAGUAACUCGCUAGCAUUUGUAGCUCGUUAGCAAGCUAGCUAACGUUAGUUUGUGUGGCAGCUGUGCAAAUAGCCUGCUAAGCUAGCUAGUUGAUGUCAUUUCCAAGUAAUUGCUAGCUAUCUGGCAUGACACCAAGCAAUACAGCUGCUGGUAACCCAGAAACUACAGUUAGCUUUUUGGAGCACAAUGCUCGUCCCAUCUUCAUAAAAUGCUAAGAAAGGUGCUAAAGUUACUGUACAUGUUGGCACACCGUUAAAACCGCUGGCUAAUAUGGAUCUACCUAAAAGAGUCGGUACGAGGUGAAGAAGGUGGACGGGGAAGAGCUGAUGGACACGCUAAAGCUUAUGGACAGAGAGCGAUGAAUAAUCAAUAUUCAAAUGGUUUUUGAAAUAUUUCAGUCAUGGGUGACAUGAAGACCCCUGAUUUUGAUGAUCUCUUGGCUGCCUUUGACAUCCCUGAUGCUACUAGUUUGGAUGCCAAAGAGGCCAUCCAGGAGAGUCAGGAUGAGGCAGAGGGCCACCUUAAGCACUCAGAACUGUGCAUGGAUGCCACAGUGUCUGUCCCUCACCCAGCGACUACUUUGGAUGCUCCAGCCGUUAGUGUUAUAGUAAAAAACACUAAUCGCCAGGACUCUUAUGAACCCCUUAUGGAGAAAGAUAGCUCACAAUUGGGACAUCUGUUGCAAAAUGGGUUCAGGAGUUCUUCUAGCUCCCUUGAAACACAUCUUGUUGGUCACAGCGAUUACACCAUGUUGGAUACAUCACCUCUGAACGGGGACUGUUCGAGUAGUUUCUUGGAAAAAAUUCCUUUGACCUACAGGACAGAAAAAGUUCCGCCUCUCUCAGAGUCGGUGCAGGACUUUAGUCCUGUGUCCAGCCCAGACUCAGAAGAAAUUCAAAGCAAUACUAUUAAUAAUCAUCCACAUCAUGGAGAUUCAUAUUUCCCAAAUGACUCACUGUUUGUGUCUGCAGAAUCUUCUAUAUCUGACAAUCAUGGAAAAUCACAAGCAUACAGCAUGAUUGACAAGUGCCAUAGAACAGAUCCUGGUUCUAAAAUAGUGAACAGUCCCAGUGGUGAUACCAUAUUUGAUAGAGAUGGGAGUUCAGAGUGUAAAGAAGAUCAAGUAGAAAAGAGAUGUGAUCCAGUGACAAUGGAUGAUUGUAUUGAUGAUGCUGGAACAAGUGCAUACCCAACUCCUGAAACCAACCCUUCCUCUCCUCGUACAUUUGUCAAAACUCAGACCUCCAAACUGUCUUCUUGUCUUGAUGCAUUGGUGGCUUUGAAUGCGAAAAAUGAACCGAGUGAGCAAACAAGUCCAAGGGACUUGCCGGUGAUUCGUAAAGAGAUGACGAAGGUUAGUCCCAAAGUGCCCAUAUCACCAAGGAGUCCAAGAAGCCCUCUUGAAGUAGUAAAACGGUUAAUUAAACAACCUGAUAGCCCUAUGAGUGUAUGUAGUGACAGCAGUGGAAAAGCAUCUCCUGCUCUCGUCGGUGGCUCACCUCCAGCCAUACCAAGAGUCAGAAUAAAGACAAUCAAAACAUCCUCUGGACAAAUUAAACGGACUGUUACUAGCAUAUUUCCAGAUUCUGAAACUGAAGACCUCCAAUCACCUUUUGGGUCAUCUCCCUCUCAGUCAUCAGUUGAAGAUGCCUUCUCUAAAACAUUGGCUGUGUGUCAUUCCCAUGAUAUCAUCAGUGAAGAUAUUUUUGAGAAUGGAAAGCAGGAGUCCUCAAAGAUACCUCUCUCGGGUCACUCAUCAGCAAGUAUUGAAGCGCUUAAAAGCUCAAAGAAAUCCCAGUCACCAAACAGUAACUGCGGAUUGAAAAGGACUCUGAAAGCAAAUAAGCAGAGGAAGUUAUGUCCAUCUCAAGCAGGCUACUCUACCAAUCCAAAUUACCUUCCCAAAGCAUUACACUUAGCCAACCUAAAUCUAGUCCCCCACAGUGUUGCUGCUUCAGUUACAGCAAGGUCCUCCACCCACAGGCAGGACCAUUCUCAGCUGUCCUCUUCCACAGUAUGCAGCAGUGUACCUUUAGUGCACCAAGUUCAGAAAACAUUAGCAAACACACAUGCCAUUAUUCCCAAUACUGCUGCUGGAACUUUAAACAGACUGUUGAAUUACUCUAACCCUGUGCCAACUUAUGUGCCCAACUUAAGUCCACCACCUGACAGCAACAUCAGGCUCCCAGCUCACGGCUACUGCUGCCUGGAGUGUGGCGAUUCAUUCGGACUUGAGAAGAGCCUUGCUUUUCAUUAUAGUAGAAGGAGUGUUCACAUUGAAGUGACCUGUGUACACUGCUCAAAAACCCUUGUGUUCUUCAACAGGUGUGCGCUCCUAGCACAUGCUCGAGAUCAUAAGAAUAAAGGCAUGAUGAUGCAAUGCUCACAGCUGUUCAUGAAGCCUAUUGCUGUCGAUCAGAUGUUGAUGCCCUCCAAACCUGACCAGUCUGCAUCACAGACGACUCAAGGGAGAAGCACUGUGCACUUAACCAACAACCAAGCUGCAAUGCCUCUCUAUCCAGAUAAAGAUGUCCGAUAUGGACUCAAAUGCCUGGAAUGCAAUAAGCAGAUGUCAGAUUAUGUGGCACUUGCAGGUCACUAUCAAAGGUCAUCCACAGAAACUGAGGGUUUGAUGUGCAAGGUUUGUACAAUGCUGCUCCCAAACAAGUGCAGCUACAGAGCCCACCAGCGGAUCCAUGCCCACAAAUCCCCAUUUUGCUGCCCUGAAUGCGGGGCUCUCAGUCGUUCUGUGGACUUUCAGAAGCAUGUGAAGGGGAAUUGUCUACACUAUGCACGGAAAGUUGGCUACUCGUGCCUGCAUUGUGAGACACUUUUCAUGUCACUUCCUCUCCUGAAGAGUCAUAUUGAGGAGAAACAUUGUGAGGUCUUCUAUAAAUGCACCGUCUGUCCUGUUGCUUUCAAAACAUCUGAUGGCUGCCUCAUGCAUGUGAAGAGUAAGCAUAGUGGCAGUGAACCUUCAUAUCAGUUGAUCCACAAGUGCUCCUGUGAAACUGUUUUUAAGAAGAAACAGCUAUUAUAUCAACAUCUCCAUCAGCGUACAUGUAUAUUCAGGUGUCCUGAGUGCACAUCGUUCUUCAUGCAAAAAUUAGCCUUGGUGCAACAUGUCAAGGGGGUUCAUGGAGAUGUCUUCAGAGGUGAAACAGAAAUAUGUCCAAAGCUAGAAGCAGAAUCAGCUUCACAUAAUUUGAAUUCUGUGUCAUCAAAUCGCCAGACAAAGCUAACCAAGCCCAGUAAUGGGGCUGUCAAGGAAGUUAGGGACUGCUCAACUUCACAAAAGUCCAGUAAUGUGAAAAACUCUGGCUGGACCUGUGGAGAGUGUCUUCUGUGGGUGCCAGACAGAGAGACCUAUGUCAGUCAUAUGAAGACCAGCCAUGGCAAGUCGGUGAAGAGAAAUCCUUGCCGGUUGUGUGAAAGGUCCUUCAAUUCCUCCACAAGUCUGAGACGACACAUUCGUAAUGACCAUGACAGGAAGAAGAAAGUUUACACUUGCUGGUAUUGCACAAAUGAGAGGAUGACUUGCACUCAGCUCUCCAUGUUAAAGAACCACCUCAGCUUGAUGCAUGGAAUCAAGAACCCAGACUUCAGUCUCAUGGCCAAGUUAGCCUCUCAAGAGACAAGUAAACAUAUGAGGCUGGGGCCUAAGAGAGCUGCACCGAAGGACAGCAAGGAUGCAGGAGACAGUGGGACAUCACACUCUACUCCUGCCAAACGACUGAAGCCACUUUUCCGCUGCGCCAAAUGUGGCCUCACCACUGAGGACCCAGUGCAGUUUCAAGAACACAUACCUCAACACAAGACGGAUGCCGAUACACCCCAGUGCCAGCACUGCGGCCUGUGUUUUACAUCGCAGCUGGCACUUAGCAGGCAUCUCUACAUUGUGCACAAGGUGAAGGAGCUCGAGGGGCAGGAGGAUAACAAAGAGGACUUGUCAGAUCUUGAAGGCACAGGGAUGCAGGCAGUGGGGGAGCCAUUAACGAACCAACAGAGUAAAAAAAGUCAGCAUAGACUUCUUUCACCUGGAAAGACUGUCUUGUGCACAUCUGAACUUCAGACUGAAACAGGCAGCCAGACUUUGGCACUUGAGUCCUUGGAAAGUGAUUGUCAUUCUAGUGGCAAAGUUCAAACUUCAGGAACAAAUGGAAGUUCUGUGGAAGAAGAAGAGUAAUGAACCUGUUCAGUCGAGCUGCUAUACAUCGCACGUUUUCAGAGCGAAUAAUGGCUGGACAAGCUCUCCAACAGUACAGUAUAUGCAGCAGACAAAUGUAAUAUCAAAACACGUUGCCUUACAGUGAAAUACAUAUUUAUCUCAAGUCUUACUCAAGCUAAAAAACUGUUUAGAGCAAGUAGUUAAAAAUGCCACUGCAUCAUAUUCAUGGAGUAACAUAACACCAUUCAUGCAAUUAAUCUUGUCUGUUUUUCUCCUGCGCUUCUUUACGUCUUUGUAUGUCACACUUAUGUAUGUGGAUAAUCAUAAUUUAUUUCCAUUUAUCUUCAAAUCAUGAUGGCAGUGUAACUUUGUUUUUCUAUGGAGCAAAACGUAUGUGUAUUUGGUACAGCCAACAUAUCUUCAUAUCAGAUGUAUCUUUGGUACAUUACUCUGCUGGUUUGUCCAAAUGAAAUGUUGUCUAUGAAUUUAAUGUUGUAUUCAAAGAUAUGCUGGACAGUCAUGCAGCACUUUGACCAUUUACAGGGUCACCAAAUAUGUCAUCAGGGCAAAUCACAAAGGAAGUGAGUACCUUUUAAACAGCCAUAGAAGGAAUCCUAGGCGGUGCUUAUGGUAGCUAUAACCAAUGCUGCUUCUGAACAAAGGACAUAUUUGGUGAUAAGUCUGGGAUUUUUUUUCAGGUUGCAGUGAGCCUCUUUUACUGAGGGACUAUGGAUUUUUAACAGUGUUGCUACUGGAAAUCAGUAUUGUUAUUAUUGGAGAACAUGGUGUGCUUCAGAAAGGUAUUCACAUAAACCCAGGUAUCUGCACUCAGAGAAGAUAUAUUUUCAUAUUCAUUCCAUUUACUAGUUUCACUAGCAUUUCUAUUUAAUGAGCCAUUCUUACAAUCAAAUUUAGCACUUUUGUAAAUGCAUAUAUGGAGUAACAGGACUUGGUAAUAACUUUAAUAUUUACUCAGAUCUAUGACAUCACUCUUGUGAAACAGUAUGUUCAGCAUAUGUUUAAUGUUUUGGGCCUUCAUAAAUGUAUUUUUGAAUUAUAGUUUGUCAUUUAUUUUGUUAUUUCUGAUUGUGUCUGAUUAAAACGCUACAUCCCA